AUGCGAUUCGUUUUACUGGAAUGUCAAUUAAAAAAUAAGUAUUUUAUUCGACGAAAAACAAUAUGGCUGAAUAGACUAGUUCAAUUCGAUUUAUACAACAAGAUUACUAUUAAUGAUAUUUUGAAUGGUAAAAAGUUUAUUCCAUCAGUAGUUAUUCAACUGAUUCGUCCAACUACGUCACCUCUGACUAUUUCUCGAAUUAUUCAUUUUUUCGAUCUUGAUAUUUGUGCCGCUGCAUUUAACUCAAAACGAGUUAUUAUUUCAUUCAGUUGCUUACAAGCAUUAAAUACUGGUCACACAAUAUGCUAUGCAAUUCCACGUAAUCCAUCACAAUUUAUGAGACGAGUUUUACGUUUUCAUAAAUAUCAGCAGCGAGGCUUUAAUAUUCUUUGUGCUCAUGAAUUCGAUAUAAAAGCAUUUCUAACGACAGCUGUUGAAAAUUGCAACGAAUCUCGACCAGAACGACUAUAUCGAUUUCGACGACAACAUUUCGGCGAUAAUUGUGACACAUUUUCAUUACAAAAAAAAUUUUGUGAAUAUUAUAAAUUAAAUUAA